GUCAUGUCCACUGCGGAGCGAGGGCCCCAGGCCAGACAGAAGGGCCUGCGCCAGCUCCCAGUGCGGAGCUGACUGGGUAGGUGGGAAGGGGGGUGGCCCUUUGAGCUGCAGGGGCCCUGCUCCAGCCUCCCCAGCAGUUUCUGGUUUGAGGAGCCGUCCUGAGCAGCCCCGCAUUGCCGGGGGCCCUCCCUCCACCGAGCCUUCGGUUCCUUGGCAACAUCCAGAGGAAUCUCGUCGUGUACUGGCUCUCUGCCUGUCCCCUCCCACCGCCUCUCUGCAGGGGGGGCUGGGAGGCGGUGGCGGAGGCGGAGGCAGAGGCUCCGAUCCUGGCUUCUUAAGGACAGAGCACUGGUAGCUCCGCUGCAGGACGGCCGGAGCUCAGGAGCCGCUCUGGCCACCUGCCCUGGCCUUCCCUGGAUCCCCGCCUGGACCCCCGUCGCCCUCCGCCAUGGCUUCACCGCUCUCCUGGCUGCUCCGCUUGGCUGCUCUCUACUGUCUAAUUGUGCUGCUGGCCGGACAGCACCACGGUGUGAGCAAGUGCAGCAUCACAUGCAAGACUAUGAUAACCCAGAAGAUCCCCGAGAACCGUCUCAUCGGCUACCAACGCAAUCAAGCAUCUUGCGGCAAACCUGCCAUCAUCUUGGAGACCAUAAAACACAGACUGUUCUGUGCUAACCCAGAGGAGGAAUGGGUCCGCAAAGCCAUGGAGAAUCUAGACCGAAAAGCUGCUGCUGCUGUUGGGAGCGCCGGUGGCGUAUUUGAGAAGCAGACGGGCGACGAACCCACGACCAGCCCGGCUGCCGGGGGCGGGGACGGGUCUGCGGGCUCAGAGCCCGGAGCCACAGGCGAAAGUGGUGUCCAGGAGACACAGACAGCCUUGGGGACGUCCCCAGAGCUGCCUCCCCGACUGGCUGGUUCCUGGGGGACCAGGUCCCCCAGCGCUUCAAAGGCUCCGGAUGGAGGACCUUCCGCGGGGCCCAAGAGAACUGAGCUUUUCAGCGCCUCUGCUGUCACCGGAUCUUGGUGGAGUUCUUCUGCUUACCGACCUGGGUCGGACCUCUGGACUAAGGGAGAGGCCUCUGAAGCCCCCUCCACCCAGGCCCCCUCCACCCAGACCCCCUCCACCCCCACCCAGGCUGCCUCCACCCAGACCCCCUUCACCCAGGCCCCCAGCACCCAGGCCCCCUCCACGCAGUCCCCUGCUCUGUCACACGGAGCUCCAGAGGACCAUACUGGGUCUGAAGGCCCGUCUGUGCGGAUCAGUGCACAGGACCCCACGUCACAGGGCUCUCUAGGGCCCACAGAUGCAUCCAGGGUGCCCCACGUCUCCAUGGGCCUGACCCCCUCUGAAGGGGCCUCCCCUACAAAGCCGGAGACCUCAAGCAGUGGGGCGCUCAUGGCCAAGGUGUCCUCCCACGACCCCCAGGCAGUGACCAGGAGACAGGCCGUGGGGCUGCUGGCCUUCCUGGGCCUCCUCUUCGGCCUAGGGGUGGCCAUGUUCGCCUACCAAAGCCUGCAGGGCUGCCCCCGCAACGUGGCGGGGGACAUGGUGGAAGGGCUUCGCCACGUCCCCCGGAGCUGCGGCAGUAACUCGUAUGUCCUGGUGCCCGUGUGAGCUGCCCGCCCUCCUAUGUCGAUGUUCAACUCAAACAGCUGCCUGGGGUCCCCCGUCCUCACUCCUACCCUUACCCAAGGCCUGAGCUGGGAUGACCGAAGCAAGGAGGCAAGACCCUCCAGGUGGGGCUGGGCUGCCCCCUUGACCAUCAUUGACCCACUAGAAACAGGGGGUGGCCCCGGCAGCUCACACCACUGUCCCCAAGUCAGAAAACUCUGUUCUGCUGCUGACCGGCUAGAAGUUUCCUCGGACGCCGUCCCAGCCCCAGUGGACAAUUAUUUAUUGAACGCUCAACCCCUCGGGCCCGUGUCCCCAUGUGGGUGCCACGGUCAUCCCCCCUCACAGUGAGCCUCAGGCCAGGCCCUCUGCCCACUCCCUCCAACCUCGUCCUGUCUCUCGGUCCUGCUGCUGUCACCAGUCACCCCGGCCGCCUGCGGUGCUAUCUCCCCUGCCCACGCCCCAGCUGGGCACCUGUCUUCUUCUCUUGCAUGAGGUGGGUGUGGUGUUUGCUGGCACUGUUCCCCGUGAAGGCUCCGCCCUCAGCGCGGCGGCGUGGGAAGGGGAGAUGAAGCUCCCAGCGGUUUAGGUCAUUUUCUGUCCUCGGUCUGCGCCGUGUGGCGAAGGAACACGGACUCUGAGCCGGAAGCCCGGGGCCCCGGUCCCAGGCCCGCCGUCGGCCUGACCAGGCGUCCGUCCCCGCGGCUUCCCGUCUGUGAAGGGAAAGCCGGACAGCGGAUACGUGGCAAUAACCUGUGCCCCUGACCGUCGCCAUCACUAAGUGGUCCGGGGACCCCUUUCCCCAGACCCUGGGUGCAGCAGCCUCGCAGCUGUCCCAGCUGUCCGCGGCAGAGCACCUGAGCAGAGCACCGGUAGAGAAUGCUCUACUGAUAGGCGGGACGGGCGCCUCCGUGGGCCCUGUCCCCUGGAGAGCCCGACGGCCCAACCCUGCCCUGUUGGAGGGGUCAGCACCGUGGGCCCCCCGAGUGGAGGCUGGGCAGGGGUACUUGCGGGGCACAGACCAACUUUUGAGGACCCUUUCUGACUCUGAGAACAGCCCCUCUCUGUGUCCCCCAGGCUUACAGGGACACUGACACAGCCCUGGGGACAUGUCAUGGGCUGAAGGAGGCUGAGGCCCUCCACAGAAGGGUCCAGGGUCCCCCACUUGGUCUUUCUGCCUGAGGCCAGGGUUCCCCAUUCCCCUCUCCGGCUCCCAGAAAACACUGUUCUCUGCACACCGUCUUCUCCUCGCGGUGGGCAGGGCCAGGCGUGUCCGUGACGUUUUCCAUAGGCUCAGAGCUUCUCAUGCUUCUUUCUGAAAGGAACUCUGUCCGUGGGGGAAAAGACGUCGUGGGCGUGGGUUCCUUUCGGCUGCUGAGGACUCAGGCAGACCGACCUGGGGGAGGCUGGAGGCUUACUGGUCGGCCAGCACCUGUGGUCAGAGCUGGACCAGUAGGCCUCACCCCUCAGGGUCCCUGGUGGCAGCUCCCCACCUCCCUCUGAUUGUCCCCAAGGGUGAUCCUUGCCCCCCACGUGAGAAGCCUCCCAAGGGCUGGGCUUCCUCCAGACACAGGUGACCCAUUCCUUCACAGAUGGAUACUCAGAGGGAGCAAAGAAAGGAUCGGGUCUCCCUGCAUGCCACUGCCGGGCGCGGCGCCCCUCGUCUGGGCUUGGCUUGAGUGGGGGGGGGCACUUUGAGGGGGACAGCAGAUCUGAAUGCACUUUUUUUUGGCUCCUGCCAGCUGGGAGCCUCCAAGGGCUGGGAUGCCCGUGAUGGGGCUCCCCUCCUUUGUCAGAAAGCAGCUGGGGCAGCUGGUCCCUUCCCACAACGUUGUUCGUCCCCCCACCUCGUAGGACACGGGCGAGAACAAUCCGGGGAGGGCUUUAGAAGAAGUCGGUCGAUCCUUUUGCUUUUCCAACCCCAUCCCCAAUGUGUGUGCCAUUUUGUAUUUUACUAAUAAAAUGGAAAAGUCUUGUGAAUCGAA